AUGCCAUCCAUUGCAUCGAUUACCAAAAAUCUUGUAUGGGAUAGCGAGACUGUUGUACAAUCCACCCAAGAGCAAAAAUCUAUUCAAGAGCAAGAAGAGGUUCAUGAAAACGUGCAAGAUCCAAAUUUAGUCGCUGCAAACCCUUCACCUUUUGGAAUAUCUGAUGCUGUACUUGAUAAUUUAAAGGUUGGAUUUACAGAUGACUUUGCAACAACAGUUGCUGGAAGCUUCAGUUUAAACGAUACAUACACGAAAUACCCGGCAUUUGUUGACAUCUUUCGUGGAGAAAAGCUAUUCGCCACAAUGAACGAUAUCGCUGAAAAGCUCAAAAAUCCCUCUCACUUUUUCUUCUCGCCUGCACUGAUUAACAUCUAUGAUCUGGACGAAUUUGACUUGGAAGACAUGCUGCACUAUCUGGCAUACUCUGGCGGUGCCGUUGGUUUUAUGGAUCUUCUGGAUAGCUUUACAAAGGCUGAUAGAGAUUUGAUUUUUGGUUUUAUCGCAGCUCAUGAGCCGAUCUUGCAGCAAUGGAUCUAUUUUGCACGGAAAUUCGAAAAGACAUCUUCCUUGAGGCUAUUGAGACGUAUACAAUCGCAGUUUAAAGGUAGCACCAAAUACGAUUUCACAAACGUUGCUAUAAAAGCCACGAUUUCUGAAGGGAAAUUGUACCCCAGAGUGCGUUCAAAGGACCCAAAAAAGCCCUUCAAUCUAGAUCAGUUUAAUUUGCCUUUGGUUUCCGAUGAUGGCAAAACUUGCAAGGCGAUCAAGGUUUAG